AUGGAUGGCUCUGUCCGCCAUGACAGCAUCCCGCCUGCGGUCGACGACACCGCCCCUGGUCUUCAACUACGGAUUGACCCUGAAUCGAGCCAGCACCAUACGCUGAAGUACCAUCUUCUGGGUCCAUCCCUUACAAAACCCGGCCAAGAUGAUGUCGACCAGAGAAAAGUCUCCGAGAUCAUCUAUGAAGCGUCUAAAGGCAGCAAGUUCUUCUUGCAAGAAGAGCAAAAGGAUAAGAACUUGACCAUCAAGAUCAACCGGAUUCUUGCCAAGAAAAGACAACUGGAUCGCCUCGACCUCAGCUACGACUUGCGCAGGGCAGACGAAUACGUACAGAAGCUCGAACUCAGCCGCGACCUGACCCAGACCAUUGUCCACGUCGACUGCGACGCUUUCUACGCCGCCGUCGAAGAGCUCGACCGCCCUGAUUUGAAGGAUGUACCGUUCGCCGUUGGAAAAGGUGUCUUGACCACGUGCAACUACCAUGCCAGGCAGUUCGGAUGUCGCAGUGGUAUGGCCGGGUACAUUGCCGACAAACUCUGCCCUCAGCUUAUCCACAUAUCACCAAACUUCGAAAAAUACUCGGCCAAAGCAAAGGAGAUUCGCGCCGUCUUGAUCAAGUACGACGCUCGCUUUGAGGCUGCCAGUGUCGACGAGGCCUACCUCAAUAUCACUCAGUAUUGCGAAGAACACAGUAUGAGUCCUGAAGACGUCGUCCAACAACUGCGUGCAGAGGUACACGAACAAUGUCUGAUUACCGUCUCGGCUGGCAUAGCUGCAAACGCGAAGCUUGCAAAGAUUUGUUCUAACAAGAACAAGCCAAAUGGACAGUUCACUGUACCUUCGGACCGCACCAGCAUCAUGUCGUUCAUGAAGGACUUACCCACCCGAAAGGUGAAUGGCAUCGGUAGAGUCUUCGAACGCGAGCUCGACGCUAUUGGUGUCAAAACAUGUGGCGACAUCUUUGCACACCGUGCUUACAUGUCCAAGCUCUUUGGCGAGAAAGCGUUUCAAUUUCUCAUGGGUGUAUACCUCGGACUCGGCAGGACGAAUGUUCAGCCAGCGGAAGAGUAUGAGCGCAAGAGCGUCGGUACAGAAAGCACGUUCAAAGAGAUGUCAGAUCCUCAACAACUCCGAGACAUGCUCCGCCAUGUCGCGGAAGAGUUGGAGAAGGACUGUGAAAGAACACAGUUCAAGGGAAGAACCCUAGUGCUGAAAGUGAAGUUGCACACUUACGAGAUCCUCACUCGCCAGGUCGCUCCAUCAAAAGCCGUGCACCAAGCCGGCGACCUCUACAAGUUCGCCUUGCCUAUGCUUGUCAAGCUGGAAAAGGAAAUCCCAAAAUUUACCUUGCGUCUCUUGGGCUUGAGGCUUACAUCACUGAUUAGUAUGAAGAAGAGUAACAUUGACACCUUCUUUACGCCAAAGCCGCAGUCUGCUUCGACAAAGCCGUUCAUGCCUGCCGGCCAAGGAGAAUGGGAGCAAUGGCCUGACUCAGAAUUCGAAGAUGCCGCCCGCCAAGAGAAGCAAGAUGACUUGGACACCCUGGAGAAGAUGAGUCAGGAAUACAACGAAGAUUACAAUAAUACUCCGAGACAGUCACCCGUCCGACACGCAGGUACAAGAAUAGCAAAUGUGCCUGCAGCGACAUCUGAAGAUACAGUCAAGGGGGGACACGGCAAGCAGGAAGAAACAUGGAAUUGCCCUAUCUGCAGUCAGCCUCAACCUGCUGAUGCUGUGCUGUUCAACCAGCAUAUCGAUGGAUGUUUGUCGAAACAGACAAUCAAGGACAUUGUUCGCGAGAAUGCGUCGCCGUCCCGUUCUCCGCAGGAGAGAGCUCCUAUGCUUGGACAGGGCAAGAAAAGAGGUCGACCGAAGGCGCCCGACCCGCAGCCCAAGCGGCCGAAGAGCGCCUUUUUCUCUCGAUGA